AUGCAGGCCAGUAAAAGUUGUGGUACGAACAACAUCGACUCGGCACGCAAUACAGGCAAUUUUAUCGGUCCAUCAGCAGACAUAUGUCUGUUACCUUCAUCUCACGUCCUAGAUGGCAGACGCUCAAAUAUCAAAAUGAAAAACCUGCAGUUAAAUGAGGAAUUGUGUUUGGUUUGUGGUGAUAAAGGUUCUGGUCUCCAUUACAAUGUGCUCACGUGCGAAGGAUGUAAAGGAUUUUUCCGUCGCAGUUUAACAACACAGAUAGUGUACCGGUGUACAAAUAACAAUAAUUGCUAUAUUGAUAUGUAUAUGAGACGUAAAUGUCAAGAAUGUCGCUUGAAAAAGUGCCUGGCAAUGGGAAUGCGAUUGAAACAGAAAAUGACAGCACCCGUGCGUGUCGUCACGAGACUAACCACUAGGGGAAAUAGAUUCAAGCACCUCAAUGCCGAUCAACAGGAACUCGUUAGUCGACUCAUUUCCUACCAGAAGGAAUACGAUCAGCCGUCAGAAGAAGACAUGAAAAAAAUAUCGAUAUCGGACACGGAGCAAAUGAACGCAGAAGCCAAAUUCAAGUACAUGACGGAAAUGACAAUUCUGACUGUGAAGCUGACGGUCGAUUUUUCUAAACGAUUGCCCGGUUUCGAAACGAUAUUGCGAUGCGACCAAAUGACGCUGCUUAAAGCCUGUUCGAGUGAGGUGAUGAUGUUGCGCUGUGCGAGGCGCUAUGACGUCAAAACCGAUUCCAUCAUCUUCGCCAACGGUCAACGACAUGAUCGUCAAUCGUUCAAUAUGGCUGGAAUUGGCCCUACGGCCGAUUCCAUUUUCAAUUUCGGUAAACUGUUGUCAGUCAUGAAAGUGGAUGAUGCCGAAUACGCCCUACUCACUGCCAUUGACAUCUUUUCAGAACGUUCGGGACUAGUGGACGCGCGUAAGGUGGAAAAGAUUCAAGAAAGUUACUUGGAAACGCUGCAGGCCUACGUGAUCGGUCGUCGAGGGCCGAUGGCCAUCAACCUUGCCAAGCUCCUAUCCGUGCUAAUUGAAAUGCGCACGCUCAGCAAGCUCAAUUCAGACAUGUGCUACUCGUUGAAGCAUAAAAACAAGAAAUUACCACCAUUUCUUGUCGAAGUGUGGGAUAUUCAAUAAUAUUUCUUUAGAUAAGAUAGGUUCAGUUUAUGUUAGACACAGGGUAUAUAGGGAAAAAAAUAUUUUCUGCACUGGAAAUUAUUUCUUGAAAUAUUGCGUAACAAAUAAGUGU